UGGUUUUUGAUUUUAUUUAAAAUGAAUAAUAUUACAACUUCCGAGAUUAAAUACUGGAUAGAGCCAUUUAAGGAAUUAAAAUAUAACGAAGAAAAAUAAUAGUGUUAAUUGUUCCUUAUGUGACUGAUGUGCCUAUAUUUUACAGCGACAAAAAAAAAUGUUUGUUGUGAACCAUAUCAAUAGCAUAUCUCAUCAAAAUAACAGUGAUGAGAAUAGUAUAAUCCUAAGUUGGAUAAAACCUUACGAAGAACUAACGAUGCUCAGGUGUAAGGUCGCCUCCCUAAUCUUCACACACACGGUAUCGUCGCGUGCGCACCUCACGCCAGAACUGGUGCUGCGUCUGAUCACACCAGAAUGCCUGCUAUGGACGUCGAGAGCGGACGAGCUGCCCUUCCCUGAUCCCUUCUGGGGGUUCUACUGGCCCGGCGGACAGGCUACAGCCAGAUACAUACUGGACAAUCCUAAAAUUGUCGAAAACAAAACCGUUUUGGACCUAGGAUGUGGCUGUGGAGCUGGUGCCAUUGCAGCAGCAAAAAUGAAAGCGAAGAGUGUAUUGGCCAAUGACAUCGAUCCAUACGCCCUAGAAGCCACUUCCAUCAACGCCUCUCUCAACGGGGUUUCCGUAACAACCAGUGCCGCCAACCUCAUCGGCGACAAGCCUCACUGCGACACGCUCCUCGUCGGCGACAUGUUCUACGACACGGAGUUUGCUGAGACGCUCUUUGAUUGGCUGAUGACUCUAAAAGGCACCACUAUCCUAAUAGGCGACCCAGGGCGGCACGGUCUGACACGCCGCAGCGGACUGACGCGACUGGCCAUGUACAAGCUGCCGCCAAACAGUUGUUUGGAAAAUCGAGGCUUCGCGGAUACCACGCUGUGGCAGCUCGAUAUUAAAUGAAGUUAAUUGCAAAAAAUAAAUGUUGUUUAGUUAUGCAACCGAUUUUUACUUGACUGCCGAUCAACUCAUGAAAACAACAUCAACAACAACUCAAGAAAACUCUUGUCAUGUCAUGACAGACGAAAAUCGGGGAACAAGACUGCCUGAUGCGUGAAUCAAGAUGACAAUCGUUGAUGAUCACGUGACUUCUCGUAGUAUCUCUCAUCCCGAUACUUGUCUAGCCCCCAAAUCUACAAUUGCACGCUUUGUCUUUGAGUCUUUGUGCGACAGAUGGCGCCGCUCUUACAUAUCCGAGAGGCUGAUAACAGUAAUAACGAUU